AUGGAUUUGACCACGAAGUUGAGGAAUUUAUUCUUAGUGAUGGAUAAUAAUAAGGAGGGCGUUUUAAACGAGGCCUCGGUUGUUUUAGCCUUUCAAUCUAUUGGUUUCGUGCUCCCAAACGACGUAAAGGCCAAUGUUACUCCCAUGAACUGUACUCAGUUUGUCAACUUUGGCACACAGUUGGCCAAAAAAUUACCUUCGGAUGGUGGAGUCGGUGACCUCUACUCCUCACUUGCUGGUGGUAAGUCGAAGAAAGUUGACAUGACUGAUGUUCGUCAAGUAAUGGAGACUCUAAAGCUCACAAACGCCUCAGAUUUAGAUACUCUUUCCUCCGUUUUAGACCCUAGAAACACUGGAUACUUGGAAUAUGAUGCUCUCAAUGAGGCCUUUAAAGCUUAA